ACUUUCAUAGGGAAAGCGUUUCUUAAGUCCCCUACGAGGUCCAACUGUAGGUAAAUCCGCAGUUGCGACGGUGACCACGCCAAGCCACAGUCGUUCGUUCAUCCACUGCGAAGCAUGUCAAGGGAGCGUUGAGCUUGAAUUCGAUCCGAGCUCGUCUGCCAAUUCGUUCGCCGGAAGAGGUGUUCACAGUCAUGGCGAUGGUAAAUGCAGCCAUGACUUUGAAUCUUCAAGCUGGCAUGCCUCUGAAGAAUUCAUCCGUUCGUGCUUCUCGGUUGGCUUCGGUGAAGAAAUGCGUCGAGUUUGAAGUUGGUAACAUUCAGAACAGAGGAGCCUCUGCAAGAAAAGGCGUAGUUCGUUGUGCUCUGGUUUUGACAGAACGAUAUGGUGCUUUGGCAGUUAAGGGAACAGGAAGACCGAAUAUGGAGGACACUCUGAGUAUUGUGGUGGAUCCGAAGGGAAAAGAACCUGCCUUUUUUGGUGUUUUUGACGGUCAUGGUGGAAUUGCUGUUGCAGACUUGCUGAAGACUGGCUUCUGGCCGGUGUAUAAAAAUCAGCUGUCAGGCUCAGAUCCAGUGAGGGCCACGGAAAGUGCCUACUACGAAUUUGAUCAGCUAACUCUGGCUCAACCGAAAGGACUUUUUGGUGGUAUGCGAGAGAGGGGAGUUGGCGGCUCACGUUGUGGUGCCACCGCUGCAACGGUUGUUCUUAAACAAUCUGAAGAUGGGCAACAAAAGAUAAUUGCUGCUAAUGUUGGAGACGCACGUGUUGUUCUUGCCCGAGGGGGCAAUGCUAUCCAACUGACUUUUGAUCACAAGCCAGACGUGGAGGAAGAAAGGAAGCGAAUUGAAAAGAAGAAUCCCGUGCCAAAGAAACCACUGGUGGUGAAUGUUGAUGGGACCUGGCGUGUGGGCGGUCUUCUUGCCCUCUCAAGAGCUUUUGGAGAUGUUUACCUCAAAGACUGGACAGACGGUAAAUUAGAUGGAGCACGAGGUGGAUUUGGAUUAACAGCUGAACCACAUGUUACCGUGAAAACCUUGCUCCCAGAGGACGAGUUAAUAAUUCUGGCAACGGAUGGACUAUGGGAGAAGAUCUCAAACCAAGAAGUUGUUGAUUUCUGCACGUCAGCGGGGAAAGAGCAGCCCUUGGACACUACAAUCAAGGGUUUGAUCAAGCUGGCUCAGGAUCGCGGGACAACAGAUGACAUUUCAAUAGUUAUUGUUCGUUUGUCAUAAGUAGUGUAGAUAUGUAACUUUCCCAAUGCAAUGUACCCUACUGUAACAGUAAAAGUAAAGUCUGUGAAUACUUGAGUCCCCUUGUGUAUGUACUAAGUUUGAACAGAAAGGGAAAGCCAA